AGCGGUUGGACAGACAGUGAAUGUUUUAUGAAAUGGUUGAAUCAUUUUACAUUUAUUGUAAAGCCAUCAAAAAAAGACAAGCAUCUUAUUUUUCUUGAUGAACAUCACUCUCACAAAACACUUGAGGCAGUGACAUUUUGUCGUGAAAAUGGAAUUGAAUUAAUAACAUUUCCACCCCACUGCACACAUAAGAUGCAGCCUCUUGAUGUUUCCUUUUUUAAAGGAUUGAAAGCUGCAUAC